AUGCAGCCCACAUCGAUUAACAACUCGCCUAGGCGAGCCAAUCCCUUCAGUCGUCAUUCACCCUCGCCUUCACCAAGCCCCCAGCUACCUCCAUCGAGACCGAAGUCGGCCGUAUUUCCUCCCACAUAUGGCGAAUCUGAAAAGAAAUCUCAUACACGGAACUCCGCAUCAUUGACGCAGUUUACAGCGGUGACCCCUGGGUUGGUUAACCGGCAGCGUUCUGGUUCCUUAAGGCAGAACGUUCGCAGCUCGGGAACAUUUGCACCUCAGUUUAUCAAAUCGGAGGAACUGCAGAGAGCGAACAACUCAAUUAAUAGCUUUGAAGGAGAUAAUGAUUUUUCCGGCAAGCGAUAUGUUUGGCUGAAAGAUGCUGAAAAGGCAUUUGUUCGAGGGGAGGUUAUCGAGGAGAGAAGUGACGGCAACUUAUUGGUGCGAUGCGAGGAUGGCAAUCAACGAGAAGUGGGUUCAGAACAUGUGGAUAAAGUCAACCCUGCAAAAUUCGACAAAGCCGACGACAUGGCUGAACUAACACAUCUGAACGAGGCAUUUCCCCAGGUCCAUGCUGACGAAAUUGAGCAGACAUACUCUGGGCUGUUCUUGGUCACAGUGAAUCCAUAUUGUCCACUUCCUAUUUACACAAACGAGUAUGUGAGGAUGUAUAAAGGCCAAAACCGGGAGGAUACACGACCACAUAUCUUUGCAAUGGCAGAUGAAGCAUUUCGUAAUCUUGUCGAAGAAGGCCAGAAUCAAAGUAUACUCGUGACCGGCGAAUCAGGUGCCGGAAAGACAGAAAAUACAAAGAAAGUCAUUCAGUAUUUGGCCGCCGUAGCUACCCCCGAACAGUCUGGAUCGCGAUCAACUGGGAAGGCUUUCUCCAACCUCUCGCAACAGAUACUUCGCGCCAAUCCUAUUUUAGAAGCUUUCGGAAAUGCCCAGACUGUGAGGAACAACAAUUCCUCAAGAUUUGGAAAAUUCAUUCGUAUUGAAUUUACUCGCUCUGGUCAAAUUUCUGGGGCUUAUAUUGAUUGGUACCUGCUUGAGAAAUCAAGGGUGGUCAAGCCUGGCAGUCGCGAACGCAAUUAUCACAUCUUUUACCAGCUCCUCCAAGGUUCAGACAAAAGUUUGAGAAAUAAGCUUCUCCUUUCAGAUCUGCAAAUGGAAGAUUUUGCAUAUACUAGAGACGGCAACGACUCGAUUACCGGAGUUUCGGAUGCAGAUGAGUGGAAAGCGCUCAUCGAGGCCUUUCAGGUCAUGAAUUUCUCUGAAAACGAUCGCAUGUGUAUCUUGCGUACAAUCGCUGCUGUCCUUCAUCUUGGAAACAUCACGGUCACGAAAGAGCGCAUUCGCGGUGAUCAAGCCGCCUUGGCUCCAGAUGCUUAUGAAAGUGUAGAGAAGGCAUGCAAACUUCUCGGCGUCGAUUCCGAGUUAUUCGUGAAGGGGCUUUUACACCCUAGAGUGAAGGCUGGUCGAGAAUGGGUAGAGAAAGUGCAGACGCCUGAACAAGUUAGGCUGGCACUCGAUGCUCUAGCCAAAGGUAUCUAUGAGCGAGGCUUUGGUGACUUGGUGAACCGUAUCAACAAUCAACUAGACGUUAGCAGCUCCUCGAGUGACGACACUUACUUUAUUGGGGUGUUGGAUAUAGCAGGGUUCGAAAUAUUUGAGAGUAACAGCUUUGAGCAACUCUGCAUCAAUUAUACCAACGAGAAACUUCAGCAGUUCUUUAACCACCACAUGUUUGUUCUCGAACAAGAAGAAUAUGCCCGAGAACAGAUUGAAUGGCAGUUUAUCGAUUUUGGCAAAGACCUCCAGCCAACUAUCGAUCUUAUCGAGUUAACGAACCCUAUUGGCAUUUUCUCAUGUCUAGACGAGGAUUGCGUGAUGCCAAAGGCCACAGAUAAAACCUUUAUCGAAAAGCUGAAUUCGCUUUGGGACCGAAAUUCUCCAAAGUAUCGCGCCUCUCGUUUGAGCCAAGGUUUUGUUCUUACACAUUACGCCGCCGAAGUAGAAUAUACGACCGAGGGCUGGUUGGAGAAGAACAAAGAUCCCCUGAAUGACAACAUAACUCGUUUGUUAUCAACCUCUACCGAUAAGCAUGUUUGCAAUUUGUUUUCAGACUACGUCGAUGUUGAUGAUGACCAAGGCUUUUCCCGAAGUCGGGUAAAGAAAGGUCUAUUCCGUACGGUGGCUCAGAGACACAAAGAUCACCUGUCAAUUCUGAUGAAUCAGCUCCAUUCGACACACCCUCACUUUGUUCGCUGUAUACUGCCGAAUCAUAAGAAGAAGCCGAAGCAGUUUAAUGCGCCUCUCGUUUUAGACCAAUUACGAUGCAAUGGCGUUCUUGAAGGCAUACGAAUUGCUCGAACUGGAUUCCCAAACCGGCUGUCAUUCAAUGAAUUCCGUCAGCGAUAUGAAGUUCUGUGUCGUGAUAUGCCCAAAGGCUACCUUGAGGGACAAAAUGCGGCUCAGAUUAUGUUAAAUAAAUUGGGUCUUGAUAAGUCUUGGUAUCGCGUUGGCUUGACAAAGGUCUUCUUUAGAGCCGGAGUACUCGCAGAGCUGGAAGAGAAGCGUGACGCUCUUAUUCGCGAGAUCAUGACUUUGUUUCAGUCUGUUGCCCGAGGAUUCGUUCAAAGGCGCAUUGCAAACAAGCGAUUAUACAGAGCUGAGGCCACUCGCAUUAUCCAGAAAAAUUUCCACGUUUAUUUGGACUUACAGGCAAAUCCCUGGUGGCGACUGUACACCGGAAUGAAGCCGCUGCUCGGAGCUACACGAACUGCCGCUGAGGUAAAAAAGCGAGACGAGAAAAUCCAAACUCUCGAAGCCAAGGCACAGCAAGACCUCCUAGAUCGCCAUAAACUAGAAGAGGAAAGACGACGAGCAGAAGUGGAAAUAAAUCGCGUCAAGAAGACGUUAGAAAGUGAACGGGCUCUUGCAUUAGACAAAGAAGAAAUUUUCAAGCGUCUUCAGUUAAGAGAAGUGGAAUUGAGCGAAAAAUUAGCGGAGGCUAUUACCGACCAGGAAAAACUCGAGGAGCAACUUGAUGAACUCAUUGAAGCAAAGAGGAAAGCCGAAGAACAGGUUGAUGCUAGGAAUGUUCAGUUAGAGCAGGCUGGGCAGAUUAUCAUGAAAUUGGAAUCCGAUAAAAAACAGUUACAAGAUCGUCUGUCAGAAAUGGACUCUGAAUUAAAAGAGAUGGAAAAUACUCAUUCCGAAAGAGGCUCUCAAGUGCAGGGCUUGACCCAGGAAAUCAAGAUGCUACAGAGUCAAGUCAGUCUGAAGGAUCGAAAGUUGCAGGACCUGGAGGCAAGAUUGAUAAAGUCUGAUCAAGAUCUUGAUGUGAAACUGGCAAAAACUUCCAAAGAACUUGAAGCCUCUCGAAGACAAGUGAAGGAUCUUUUUGAUGAGAAUAAGUCGAUUAGACAGGAAAUUGCCGAACUUUCGAGAACCUCCACAGGUUACGAGGAGAUGAUUCGACGGAAGGAAGGUGAACUUACAAUACUUCGCAAUGAUGCAAAAAGACACGAAGAAGCCAGAAGGAGUCUUGAAUCAGAGAAGCAGUCUCUUGCUGGCCGACAUGACGGCAUGCAGAAACGACUACGUGAGCUCCAGGCAGAGAUGGAUGCGACAAAAUCAGAAAAGUUGACCUUAGAGCGCGAGGCCGCAGACGUGAGAAGACUGCUCGAGGCGAAAAUGACCGAGGAUGCCGAAGCCGGCCAUAGUCGACGACUUCUUGACCAACAAAUUCAGGACUUAAAGACCCAACUGUUUCAAUUGCAAGCAGACCUCAGCCGAGAGAGACAAUCGCGCGAUGAUGUUCAAAUGCUUGGAGAACACAAGCUAGCGGAGUUAAAAGAUAAAUACGAAUCUUUGAACGAGGCCAAGAUCACAAUAGAAAAGGAGAUGUAUAUCCAGCAAGACACUUUACGUCGCGCUACGGAGGCUCGUACAACUGCUGAGCAGGCUCGAAAGGACCUGCAAGCCGAGUUGAUUAAACUGCGCGAACGCUAUGCCAAUGCUGAAAAGGCACGUUUAGAUGCUGAGAGCCAUGUUGAGCGAAGCAUCAUGCGACAAGCCAAUGAGAAGCAAGCCGUCCUCCGUAGGGAACUAGACGCCUCCUCUAAACAGUUACAAGAAGCGGAGGCGGACAAGUCUCGACUAUUGGUUCAAGUCCAGGAAUUUACGCAGAUGCUUGCGGAUUCUGAGAAUUUCCGUGAACGCCAUGACCAGCAAAAGGAACGUUUGGAACGUGAACUCGUCACAGUUAAAGGAAGAUUAACUGCAUCCGAAAAUGACAACAGAGCACUUUUGAAUAAGAUACAACAGAAGAAUCUCGAGAUUUCUCGGUCGAAUUCAAAAGCCAGCGACAGCCAACGAUCUCGAUUGGUCCAGCUACAAAACGAGAAGGCAAAGUUGGAAGAGGAACAUAAGAGAAUACAACGACAACUGGGUGAUGCCCAAGUCAUCAUAACGUCACUCGAAAAGCAAAAAGAGAAGCUGGCCUUAACCGUCGAAGACUUGAAUCAUGAAGUGGCUCGGGAGCAUAAGGCUAGUCGUAAAGCUGAGGCUGCCUCAUCUGCAACAACCCUCCAGCUAGCGGAAGCCAAUAGAAAUCUGGACACAGAGAGGCAACUGCGUACUCAGGCACAAGCCAACACGAGACAGCUUCAGGUGGCAUUGGACCAAUCUCACAAGGAAGUCGAAGAUUGCCAUCAGCAGUUGAUGCUUCUCCACAAAGUUUUUGAUCCUGAGAUUGACGAAAGCCAGAAGACUUGGGAGGCUGUACAGCCAGAUCUCUCCAAGAAAGUAGACCUUGCUCAACUUCUGGAAAUGGCUCACAGUGAAUUACGCAUUGCCGAAGAAAAGUACGCCAGAGCCGAAAGUCAGCUAGCCGAAAUGCGCCGACGGCAUGAAGGUGAGAUGAAGGAGAUGGAUGCCCGCUAUGCAUCGUCGAAAAGAGCUCUUCUAGAAGAGAUUGACAAUAACCAAGUGGCCUCUUCUCGGUCUCCAAAUCAUAUUCGAAAUCAUUCGGAAACUGCAAAGAAAUACUCCAAUCCUUCUACUCCUAAUCGACGAUUCAAUCUCGGUGAAGUGAGCCAGGAUUCUGGCCGUUCAGACCGGACUGUUGAUACCACAACGUAUCAAAAGCGAAUGGACAUGGCGACAGAGCUUGAAGAGUUGCAGAACAAGCUUCAGAUGACAGAAAUGCAAAACAGACACCUGCAAAACCAGCUUGGACUUGUAAACCCUAACACAGAUAUGUGGCAAGACGACAGUCCGUCGGUCCGCCGCGUUCAUCUUCUAGAACGAGAGAAUGGCAGGCUUCAUGAGAAGUUGGACGACUCGGCUAAGAAGGUAUCCGCCUUGGAGCGCACAAUUCAGACAGGAGAAUUAUCUUUGCGCGAUGUUCAGGCCAAGUCUCACGAGGAGCUUUUCGAUCUUCUCAAUUCCCAGGAGCAGUCCAGGAGGUCACUUCUCAGUGUCCACAAGAAUGCUAUUGCAGAGCUUACCGAUGCUAAAUCACAAUUCGAAAAGCUGAAGAGAGGCAAGGCUACAAUUGAGGUCGAAUUGCGUGAUGCUCGGUCUGACCUUCAAGAGGCUCAAUUUGCCAGGGAGCAGGAUGUUGCGAGUAGAAACCAGCUGUUACAGGAAUUUUCUGAUUUGCAGAUUCGUCUCGAUGCUGAAGAGUCGAAGGUUAUUGACCUAACGUCAACUCUCAGUUUGUAUAAGAGCCGUGCCGAUGAGUAUUUCAGCAAACUUGAACAGGCAGAGAUUGCUGUUCUCAAAGCUGCUCGAGCUGAACAGUUUGCGAAGUCACAAGCCAAGGAAGCAGAAGAGACUUGCGCGACAAUUAUGGCGGAACGACAGCGCAUGGAUUCACUUGUUGAAGACCUUCAACGACAGGUUCAAUCAUAUGACGAAAAAGUUGAGGAUCUCUCUGCAGACCUUGAAGGUGCACUCCAGAGCAAGCGACGAUUGCAAAAUGAGCUAGAAGACUAUAGAAACCACAGAGCAUCGGAAAUCGAGGACAAGGAAGCUUCUCUAGAGCAAACGAGGAAGAAAUACCAGAGAGAAUUUGCAACGCUCACAAAUGAACUCGAGAUUGAGCGUGAAAACUUGCUUCACGUCCGUGACGAGAAUUCCAGGUUACGCGAGGAAUUGGAGGACCUUCGCAGUAAAUGGGACAAUGAAGUGCUCAAUAGUUCUACCUGGGCGAAGGAAAAGUCACGUUUGGAAAUGACAUUACAAGAUCUUUCUUCUUCACGAGAUGAAGCAGUCAAGGCACACAAUGACGCUCAAAGCAAGGUUGUCUCAUUAUUGUCUCAAGUACGGAACCUGCGUACUUCUGUCGAUGACAUUGCCUCAGAGCGUGAUCUGCUGGCCAAAGACAAGAAACAGCUAGAGUCCCGAUUGCAAGAGGCCACAGAUCGACUAGAAGACCUGGCAAAUGGAGAUAGUCCUUCGAUGAGAGAUGCUGCAGGUAUGGAUCGCGAACUUCUUGAUCUUAAAUCGAAACUCGCGCAGCUCGAAGACGUCUCUGCUGCUGCAGUAGGUAAGAUGCGCCGAGCAGAGGUUCUUUCAAUGGAAAUGCAGAAGGAACUGGUUGCCGAGAGAGAAUCAAACGCUUCUCUUUUCAAAGACAAGGCUUCGCUGGAGAAGCAACUCAAGGAGGUUCAGCUUCGAUGUGUAGACCUGGAGACUAAAGGUUAUUCAUCGGCUACUCAGGAUAUCAAAUUCCUUCAUAAACGUGUUAAAGAGCUCGAGACUCAGUUGGAGGAUCAGGAAUCCAAAUACAGCGCUGAGCAGCGUUCUUCUCGCAACAUUGACCGUACCGUGAAGGAUUUGCAGUCUCAGAUUGAACGGAGAGAUAAGAUGAAUUCACAGCUGACUGAUGACAUCAACAAAUCUCGCGACAAAAUUGAACGCCUUCUCCAAACCAUCGAAGAGCUUCAAUCCUCUGAUUCUCAAAGUCAACUACAAGCUAAGAGGGCAGAGCGAGAAUUACGGGAAGAGCGGGAGAAAGCUCUUCGACUCGAAAGAGAACUAGAAGGGUGGAAACAGUUACGAGUUGAGAGAGGCAGUAUUGUUGGAAGGGCGAACGGACUAAGUGAUGCUGCCAGUCGCCGUGGUAGCGGUGUGUUUGUUGCUAACGGCACAGUCGAAGUGCCUCAGCGAAAAACCAGCAACACGAAAGGAUUUCUUUGA